UUUCUAGGAUACAUGGUGAGCCAAAGAGGGAUCGAAGCCAAUCCCGCCAAGAUUCAAGCCAUACUUGACCUAGCUCCCCCGACAUCUCUCAAAGGCGUCCAAGCCUUAACUGGUCGACUGGCAGCUCUUAAUCGGUUCAUUUCGAAAUCUACAGAUCAUUGUAAACCAUUCUUUGACGCUAUCAAAAAGAAAAAGCCGUUUGAAUGGACCGUGGAAUGCCAGAAUGCUUUUGACAACAUUAAACAAGUUCUCUUGCAGUUACCAACGUUGCAAAAGCCACUUCCCGAUGAGCCUCUCUAUUUGUAUCUUGGUGUAAGUAGCGUUGCUGUUAGUGCUGUCGUUAUACGUCAAGACGGACUUCAGCAGUUUCCAGUGUAUUAUAUUAGCAAGGCCUUGCAUGACGCUGAGUUGCGAUAUCCGCAUAUGGAGAAGCUGGCCUAUGCUCUGAUCAUUGCUGCACGGAAGUUUCGCCCAUAUUUUUUGGAGCACUCAAUUGUUGUGUUCACGACAUAUCCUCUCCGACAAGUCCUUCACCGACCUGACAUGUCGGGAAGAAUGAUUAAGUGGGCAAUUGAGUUGGGACAGUUUGAUAUACAGUACCGACCGCGAACCGCUAUCAAGGCCCAA